CGCGGGGCAACGGUAAAUGCGAGCGCGUCGAGUCAACGUAACGUCACAUUUCGCGACGCGACGGAUUCACUCUACGUAAGUUUGCCGUCGAGCCGCGACGCCGAAAAUUAUUUCGUGGAUAUUCGACAACGCUGAUAAAUAUGUAAACGAGGACGCGCGUUAUCAGGCUGUGCGCGCGUCCGUGGAUCAGCAGCGUCUAGAGAGACGUGUCGUUCGUGGCGUAUUUUCCCCUUUUCGAUUUUUAACCUGCGCGUCGAGGAAGCGGACGGAAAGGAUAUCGAGAGAACUAGAGAACGAAGGAAAAGCCGCUGUAUGCCAAAAUGUCAUUCGAGGGAAAAUACAACGCCAAGAGUCCGGCGGUGAAAAGAUUAAUGAGAGAAGCGCAAGAGUUGCACGAAGCUACCGAAGAGUAUUAUGCGUCUCCUCUUGAGGAGAACCUAUUUGAAUGGCAUUUUACAGUGCAAGGACCGCCAUCCACAGACUUUGAGGGUGGUGUUUAUCAUGGGAGGAUCUUAUUACCACCAGAGUAUCCUAUGAAACCACCAAAUAUCAUUUUGUUGACACCAAAUGGCCGUUUUGAAACAAAUAAGAAAAUAUGUCUGAGUAUUUCUGGUCAUCAUCCUGAAACGUGGCAACCAUCAUGGAGUAUUAGAACAGCACUGUUGGCUCUGAUAGCUUUCAUGCCUACACCAGGAAGCGGCACCAUUGGUGCAUUAGAUUACAGUACUGAGGAACGGCAAAAACUUGCCAAAAAAUCAUUGAACUGGCAAUGUGAUACAUGUGGAAAAGUUGUAAACUUGUUGUCCAAGAACUCGGUUAAAAAACCUAUCACUGAGGAAGAGCAAACUAUGCUGAAUACAAUUGCCCUAAAGGCCGAUGAUUCACCUACAUCAGAUGUAUCUUUCGCGGAUAAUACGGGAAGUUCACCCGAGAGCGAAAUACGGCAUCGUAACGUGGAAACGAUUUCGGCGGAAAAUGCAGAUCGUCAACAACCUGAUAUUAUUCUAAAUCACGUAGAGACAAUGUCGUCUUCAAACGAUUUAUUUUGGAGUAUUCUUAUCGCCUCAUUAGUAUCCGCGAUUAUUCUAUUGAUUUUACGACGAUUAUUUCUUGUUUAACUUAUUCUUUUUUGAAAGACAAAAAUAUGUCUGGGAAAUAAAGCAAAUUUUAUACAUGUUUUAUGGAUAUCGUUAAUAAGACAAAAAAACAAUCAGAUUCAUAUAUAACACAAAUUGUCUGAUUUUCAUAAAAACAUAUAUAAUACACGACGAAAGUAUGCAUUAAUAUAUUAUAUAUCUCUAUAUUUUUUGUUCUUGUAGAACUGCACUUAUAUUUAUCUUAUAAAUUCUUUCAAUUAUUGUUAAUAUAAUAUAUUACUAGUCGCUUUUGUCAAUCGUAGUAUUGAAAAAUGAAUCACAUAUGAAUAACAAUAUAGAUAUUAUUUUAGUAUAUUAAAUGGCAACUAAUUCGAGAUUUUAAUACUGUGUAAUAGUUGUCAUUGAUAAUACACUCUUUAUUAAUUAUGUAAUAAUAUUAUUAUCUUUAAAUAUUUUUCUGUGCUGCCUACAUAUAUAAAUCAAAUAUAUUCAGAUAAUUAAAAUCAGUAUAUUAUUUUUAUCGGUAAAUUAUAUUGUGCAAUUUAGCCUAAUAUGAUAAUAUUUUGUAAUAAACAUAUAAGCUAUACAGAGAUAUAUGUGUAAUUCUAUAGCUUUCGUACACUUUUCAUAUAUGUAUAGUCACACUGUAAUAAAAUUUAAUGUGUAAUAUAAUCUGUUAGAAGAAAAGGAUUUAGAGCAGGAUAUUGUUUAAAUGGAUUUUUUGUAUGUACAUAGAAAUAUAAUAAAGUAACUAUUUAUUAAAGCAUA